AAAAACAAAACUCCGAACUUUCUCUUUCAUUGAUAGAGAACGUGAAGAGCGAAGAACUCAGCGAUCAAAUUCGCGAUCUCCGGCCAAUCGAAACGUUAAAAUCGGAAAAGGGAAAAUGUCUUCUACGUUCAGCGGCGACGAGACUGCUCCGUUCUUCGGCUUCAUCGGCGCCGCGGCUGCUCUAGUCUUCUCAUGUAUGGGAGCGGCUUAUGGUACGGCGAAGAGCGGAGUGGGAGUGGCAUCGAUGGGGGUGAUGAGGCCGGAACUGGUGAUGAAAUCAAUAGUACCAGUGGUUAUGGCUGGUGUUUUGGGUAUCUAUGGCUUAAUCGUCGCUGUUAUUAUCAGCACCGGGAUUAACCCAAAGGCCAAAUCCUAUUAUCUCUUCGAUGGUUAUGCUCAUCUAUCUUCAGGUCUCGCUUGUGGUCUUGCGGGGCUUGCUGCUGGAAUGGCCAUUGGAAUUGUAGGUGAUGCUGGUGUUAGAGCUAAUGCACAACAGCCAAAACUUUUCGUUGGAAUGAUUCUCAUUCUCAUCUUUGCUGAAGCUUUAGCCUUGUAUGGCCUAAUCGUUGGUAUUAUUCUUUCAUCAAGAGCUGGCCAAUCCAGAGCAGAUUAAGAUAUGGUUACUGGAAGCUUCUAGUGUGAAUGUUGUUGGUAUCUUUCAGGUAUGUGACACUACAUAAUGCAUUGUGGUCCCAAUUUAUUCAUUAUCUUUUGUUAUGAAGUUAUUAUUAGAUCAAUGAGGAGUUCUAUGCUUUCGGGAAGAAAAAAGGAGCAAAAAAAAAAAAUGUCUUUUACUGGUUGUACAAUGUAGAGGUGAGUUAUUUGGAAAUAAAGCUUGUGAAGCUGUGCCUUUUACCUA